AAUAAUUUUCUUCAUUCUUACUAAUUUAUAAAGCACUGUCUUUGCCCAGAAAUCCCAUUUUUGUUUCCCACCCUUUCAGUUUCUGACACUAUAAUCUUUCCACAUUAAUUCCCAGAAUCUACUUUUAUCCCUUUCAAUAUCUCACAUCCCAUUUUAGUGUUUCUUAUAUUUAAAAAGAUAUUCCCACUCCUUUUUCUUUUCUCGGUAAUUUUCCGUGAAUCACCCAUCCAUGGGUACCAAGAUAUGGGAAAUGAGGAUCCUAAUAUUGUUUUUGUGGUGGAGGCUAACAUGCGCCGUCACCGUUCCCGUUAGGGCUCCGUUGUGUCCCAAGAACUCCGUUUUUGAAGCCGUCUUUGACUUUCGAGACUCUUUUUGCUCCAUUCACUCUGAUUUUAUUGAAUCUAUUGAUUCCGUUGGAGUUACCGAGGGGGAUGAGAUUUCAUUGCAGAAGGCGCUUAACAUGGUUCAUAGGAAUAUUCAUGAAUAUGUAGCAGUGCUUUUCUAUGCAUCUUGGUGUCCUUUUUCAAGGUCUUUUAGACCAAGCUUCUUGACCCUUUCUUCUUCCUAUCCUUCCAUUCCUCAUUUUGCCAUAAAAGAAUCGGCUGUCAGGCCAAGCAUCCUCUCGAAGUAUGGAGUUCAUGGCUUUCCUACUCUUUUCCUUUUAAAUUCUAAAAUGCGUGUUCGUUAUCAUGGAAACCGGUCUUUUGAAUCGCUCAGCACUUUCUAUAAUGAUGUCACCGGCUUUCAGAUAAAAUCUCUGGGUAAAACAUUGCGGGACAAAACCAGACAUGUACUAAAGCAUGAGAAGCAUAAAAGCUCUGAGCAAGAGAGCUGGUCAUUCUCAUGGGCAAGAUCUCCACAGAAUUUGCUUAGACAAGAGACCUAUUUGGCCUUAGCCACCACAUUUGUGCUUUUCAGAUUGCUUUACCUAUUUUAUCCAACUUUGCUGGUAUUUGCUCGCUUCACUUGGAAACGGAUCAACCGAGAUGUAAAGUUGGGAACCAUGUUGGAACAUCCUUUGCUGAUCUGAAACGAACAAUUGGGUUGAAUUCCCUGAAAGAGAAGCAACUUGCAAAGGUGCAAUGAAUGCUAGAGCAUCUUGCUACUGCUGCGAUCGGCAAUGCCAAUGAGUGGAUCUUGCUGAGUCUUUAGCCGGUGUGGGACAGGUAUUUGUUUUUCCUCUAGAAGUUUGGUUGCAAUCUCUUGGAAGCAAGAGCCUUUUUGUUUCAUAUUUUUAUCCAAAGCAACAUUGGUAUUUAAUUUGUGAAUCAUGUCAGUGCAUCUUGGGCAUUUAAUACUUAAUUUUCAUUUGUAAUAUGAUUUAGAAUACAUCUUUGCCUUGCCUGUAUGUAAGCGGCACUGCAACUCCUGAAUAGGCAGUCAUCAAGCAUAAGCCAUUUAGCACUGCAAUAUUUGAUUUAUGUUUAUUUAUUUGUUACUUUUUACUUUCUAGUGUUAGAAAACGCACCUUGUAUAUGUCUUAUGAUUUUAAAAAAAUUAGUUAGGUAAUUAAUAUAAAGUAAUAUUUCUCUUUAAAGCA